AUGGCGGUGGAGACGCGGCCGGAGCUGGUGGGGAAACGGUUCCUGUGCCUCGGCGGCGAGGAACCGCCGGAGAGCGGGCGCUGGCGGGCUGGGGUCAUCCGCGCCGUGUCCCAGCGGGACUCGCACAGCCCCGACCUGGCGGUAUAUGUGGAAUUUGAUGAUCUUGAAUGGGAAAAGCGAGAAUGGGUUAAAGUUUAUGAAGAUUUUGCAACCUUCUUGGUGGAGUACCAGCUGGUCUGGGCGAAAAGAAAGGACCCAAGCCAGACUCAGGGAUCAAAGAUCAAACAAAUUCAAUGGCCUGCAUUGACAUUCAAGCCCGUGGUUGGAAAAAGUGUGUACAAUUCAAUUACUGCAGUAGAAUUCCUUGUGGACAAACAGCUGGAUUUCAUAACUGAAGAUAGUGCCUUUCAGCCCUAUCAGGACGACGUAGACAGUCUAAACCCAGUUCUCAGGGAUAACCCGCAGUUACAUGAGGAGGUAAAAGCCUGGGUAAAGGAACAAAAGGUUCAGGAGAUUUUUAUGCAAGGUCCAUACUCCUUAAAUGGUUAUAGGGUGAGAGUGUACAGACAGGAUUCUGCCACCCAGUGGUUCACUGGCAUCAUCACUCACCAUGAUCUCUUCACCCGCACUAUGGUAGUUAUGAAUGACCAGGUGUUAGAACCUCAGAAUGUUGAUCCUUCUAUGGUUCAGAUGACCUUUCUAGAUGAUGUUGUUCACUCUUUGUUGAAAGGUGAAAAUAUUGGCAUCACUUCACGCCGACGGUCUCGUUCCAACCAGAACAGCAACACAGUUCACGGUCAUUAUACGCGUGCACAAGCAAAUAGUCCCAGACCAGCAAUGAAUUCCCAAACUGCAGCACCAAGACAGAAUUCUCACCAGCACCAGCAGCAGAGGAAUACUCGGCCAAAUAAGAGGAAAGGCUCUGAUAGCAGCAUGCCUGAUGAAGAGAAGAUGAAAGAUGAAAGAUACGAUUAUAUAGGUCGAGGAGAAAACCCCAAAACCAAAAAUAAACACUUUCUUAGUAAAAGAAGAAAACCUGAAGAUGAUGAAAAAAAACUAAAUAUGAAGAGACUGCGGACAGACAAUAUCUCAGAUUAUUCUGAGAGCAGUGACUCGGAGAUUUCAAAUAAAAGAUUAACAGAUUCAUCCUCGGAGCAAAAUUCAGAAAAUGAGUUAAAAAGCAAGAACUCUUCAAAGAUAAAUGGAGAAGAAGGAAAAUCCCAAACUACUGAGGGAGUAGAAGAGACACUAACAGAUAGACAAUCUCCAUGGGAUGAAGUACAGCAGGAUAAAAACCAUGAAGAGACAGAAAGACUGAAGUCGUCAGUCUUGGAUCAUCAGGAAAAAUCUUCGCUCCAUGCAGCGGAGCAGCUGAUGCUUUAUGAGCAGACUGCCAAGGAUCCACCUUUUCAAGAGAGUAAUGCAGAAAAGCAUCAUACUGUGGAGAUAAAAAAUGAGCAAUUUUUACCCAGACCUCUUACUCCUAAGUGUGUUAUUGACAUUACUAAUAAAAACAACUCUGAAAAGGAGAACCACGAUAAUUCUGCAAGUACCUUUGGUUUGCAAACUGUUCAGAAAAUAGAAUCUCACAGCAGUGAUUUAAAGCAGCAAUUUGCAAAUGCAAAUUUCCUUGAAGCAAGAAAACAGGAAGCUGAUCAAAGUUGGGUUAGCAGUGUUGAUAAAAUGGAUUUGAUACAACCUGGGGUUGUAAAAACAUUACCAGUAAAUGAACACUUAAAUUCUGAAAAAAUGCAGUAUGGCUCAUUUAUGUCUUCGUUAAAGGUAGCUUCUCUAGCAGAAGAGAGUAAACUGCGUAAACAAAGUCCAGUCCCUGAUUCUGUGAAGUCAAAAUCUAGUGCUUCAGUUGAUCAUCCUAAAACAAAGUCACCUGACGUUAAGCCUAAAUUCACCCAAUCUUCUGAUACUGUGAAGUCUAAGGUUAGUUCCCAAAAUAGCCAUGCUACUGGAUUAACAAGGUUAGCCAAUAAAACUGAUCAUGAUUUGCCUAGGUCUAGUUUUCAUCCAGUUCCAGCUAGAGUUAGUGCUCUAGAAGCUACUAAGAGUCCUCUUAUCAUUGACAAGAAUGAACAUUUCACAGUAUACAGGGACCCCACUCUGAUUGGACAAGAAACAGGAACUAAUCACAUUUCACCUUACUUGCAUCAGCAUAAUUAUCCUCUGCAUUCCUCAUCCCACCGAACCUGUUUAAAUCCAAAUGCACAUCAUCCUUCAUUAACUGGUUCAUCCCAUCUGCUCGCUGGGUCUUCAGCUCAGGCUCCCUUGUCUGCUAUUAACACUCACCCCCUUAGUAGCGCAUCUCAUCACUCUGUUCAUCACCCUCAUCUACUUCCCACAGUGUUGCCCGGAGUGCCUGCUGCCUCCUUGCUGGGUGCCCACCCGCGACUAGAGACUGCUCAUGCUAGCAGCUUAAGCCAUUUGGCAUUAGCACACCAGCAGCAGCAACAGAUGUUACACCAGUCUCCACAUCUUCUUGGACAAGCUCAUCCUUCUGCUUCCUAUAAUCAGCUAGGGCUUUAUCCAAUUAUUUGGCAGUAUCCAAAUGGAACACAUGCUUACUCAGGACUUGGUCUGCCCUCCUCCAAAUGGGUCCACCCAGAAACUCCUGUUAAUGCAGAGGCUUCCUUGAGAAGGAAUACUCCCAGCCCCUGGUUACACCAGCCCACCCCAGUGACCUCAGCUGACAGCCUUGGUUUACGGAGUCAUAUUCCCGUGCGACCAUCCAGUGCAGAUCCCCUUCGGCCUCUUAAACUGACAACGCAUUCCAGCCCACCUUUGUCCAAAAGUAUUGUAGAGCAUCGCAAAGAAGAACUGGAGAGGAAAGUGUUUGUUGAACCUUUGCGUUCUGUUACCACUGCACCAGUGAAGAGUGAACUAGAGCAGAGCAGAAUGCAGACAGCAAAGGAGAGCCAUCUGCAUAGACAUUAUGCAGAUCCAGUGUUGAACCAGCUGCCAAGGCCAUCACAGGAGACUGGGGAGCGACUGAGCAAAUACAAAGAAGAACACAGACAGAUACUCCAAGAAAGUAUAGAAGUUGCUCCUUUUACAGCUAAAAUAAAGGCACUGGAGGGAGAGAGAGAGAACUACUCCAGGGUAACAUCCUUAUCUUCAAGUCCCAAAAACCAUUCAGUGAAAUACGACAAAGAUGCUGAAUGCUCUGUGUCGGAACUGUAUAAAAUGAAACAUUCAGUUCCACAGAGUUUGCCACAGAGUAACUAUUUCACUACCUUGUCUAACAGUGUAGUAAAUGAACCACCGAGAUCAUACCCAUCAAAGGAAGCUUCAGGUGUAUGUGUUGAUAAGCAAACUAAUUGUCCUUCAACAGCAGCUAGUCCCCAGGCUCUCCCCUCCUACAUUUCUUCCCUUUCAAAACCACCACCUUUAAUUAAGCACCAACCAGAGAGCGAAGGCUCUACAAGCAAGAUACCUGAGCAGCUUUCACAGUCAGUGCAGUCUCACUCUGUAAAUUCUUUCAGAAAUGACAGCAGGAGCCCUACUCAGUUGUCAGCCUUAUCUUCAAAUACACUCCGGAGUAUGCCUGCCUUGCAUAGGGCCCCUGUGUUUCACCCUCCUGUGCACCAGAACCUGGAGAAAAAGGAGAGCAGCUAUAGCAGCCUUUCACCUCCAACUCUAACCCCUGUUCAACCUGUUAAUGCUGGUGGUGGCAAAAUACAGGAGUUGCAGAAACCACCAACUUUAGUACCUGAGCCCAAGGAAGCCCAAACUGUUUACAAGGGCACUUCUGAACAGAAUUUAUCAGAAAUGUGGAAGUCUAAUAAUGCCCCAAAUAAUGAAAAAGUGGAUUGGCACAGUGAAAGAAUGAGUGGAAAGUCACAGUCCGCUACAGCAUCUGUUAUUGUGCAUCCUCCUUGUAGCAUAAAAUACGAGAAUGUACCAGUAAUGCAGUCUGCUUCCAAAGAUCAAGCUAGUGAGAGAUCUUCAGCUGUGACAAAUAUAGCAGAUUGCCUGAAAACACUGCCAAAUAUGAACUCAGACAGUGCUCACACACGGUAUGAAAAGAAAUUUGCAGUUGUCUCGCAAGGCAGUAUUCCUCAUGCUGUCACCCCUACCACAACAAUCAUCUGCAGCACCAAAAUGGAUGUCACUGCAUCAGCAACAGUGACAACCAGCUUGUCAAGCCAGGGGAGCUCUGAAGUGACUUACUCAGUCUCGAGCACAGUGUCCUGCACGCUGCUGGAGUCCACAGCUCCAAGAGCGGCCAGCCAGGUGGCGGCACAGUUCCAGGAGUGCAAGGUCAGCACUCCAGCUCCGGUUACAUCUGCUGCUGGCAGCACAGGCAAUGCUGCUCAGCCCAGCUCGGGAUUCUCCACCUCUACUGACUUUGUCCAUUUGAAAAAGCACAAGGCAGCAUUGGCUGCAGCUCAGUUUAAAAGUAGUAACACCACUGAGACAGAGUUCAACUCUGUGAAAAAUCAGACGUUUUCAACCUCUCUCUCCCUAGACAGUGCUAUAGUCUGUAAUACAAUAAACAAAGCGAACUCUGUAGGCAGUGGGCAAACUUCCCAGACGAGUCAGCCAAACUACCACACUAAACUGAAAAAGGCUUGGCUAACAAGGCAUUCAGAAGAAGAUAAAAACACUAAUAAAAAAGAGAAUUCAGGGAACAGUGUUUCAGAAAUUGUUAAGCCGUGUACUGUCAAUUUAAUAGCUUCUACAUCAAAUGAUUUGCAAAAUAAUAUAGAUACCAAAAUCUUGGCAGAUAAGUUUGUAAAGGAAGAUAAGCACCCAAGGAGAAAAGGAAAACGAACUUAUGAGUCUGGCUCUGAAAGUGGUGACUCUGAUGAAAGUGAGAGCAAGUCAGAGCAAAGGACUAAACGGCAGCCCAAGCCAACUUACAAAAAGAAACAAAAUGAUUUGCAGAAAAAAAAGGGUGAUACUGAGGAAGAAGUGAAACCAAAUGGUGUUCUUAGCAGGAGCGCCAAAGAAAAGAACAAGCUGAAGUUGCAGAGUGGCAGUAACAGCACUGGUAUACCUCGCUCAGUGUUAAAAGAUUGGCGCAAAGUAAAGAAGCUGAAGCAAACGGGAGAGUCCUUUUUGCAGGAUGAUUCUUGUUCUGAAAUAGGACCAAAUUUGCAAAAAUGCAGAGAAUGUAGGUUAAUAAGAAGCAAGAAAGGAGAAGAGCCAACUCACUCACCAGUAUUUUGUAGAUUUUACUACUUUCGGCGGUUGUCUUUUAGUAAGAACGGAGUGGUUAGGAUAGAUGGUUUCUCCUCUCCUGAUCAGUAUGAUGAUGAAGCACUGAGUUUAUGGACACAUGAAAACUAUGAAGAUGAAGAGCUGGACCUAGAAACUUCUAAAUACAUUCUAGAUAUCAUAGGGGAUAAAUUUUGUCAGUUGGUAACAUCUGAGAAGACAGCCAUGUCCUGGGUGAAAAAAGACGCCAAAAUUGCAUGGAAGAGAGCAGUGAGAGGAGUCCGUGAGAUGUGUGAUGCAUGUGAAGCCACAUUAUUUAACAUUCAUUGGGUCUGCCAAAAAUGUGGAUUUGUGGUCUGCCUAGAUUGUUACAAAGCAAAGGAAAGAAAAAGUUCUAGAGAUAAGGAGUUGUAUGCCUGGAUGAAGUGUGUGAAGGGGCAGCCUCAUGAUCACAAGCACCUGAUGCCAACGCAGAUUAUUCCAGGCUCUGUUUUGACAGAUCUUUUAGAUGCUAUGCACAAUAUUAGAGAAAAAUUUGAAAUUAAAUCCCACUGUCAGUGUACCACCAAGCAGAGCAUACAAGCUGGCAAGCUCCCUGCAGUGAAUGGUGUGUCUCAGGUUUUGCAGAAUGUCCUUAACCACAGUAAUAAAAUUUCUCUGUGUAUGCCUGAGUCUCAAGAGCAGAAUACUCCUCAAAAGUCUGAGACAAAUGGUAAUGCAAGUCCAAGGAGUGAUGUGAGCACAGAGAGCAAGUUAACACCGCCUGAAUCUCAGUCCCCACUGCAUUGGCUGGCUGAUCUUGCAGAGCAAAAAGCCAGAGAAGAAAAAAAAGAGAACAAAGAAUGUCCUUCUGGAAAACAUUCAAAGGAAGGGAAGGACCAGGAUAAUUUGGAGUCCCCAAACUGUAAAAGUUCCCCUCCUGCAUCCCAGAACAAUGAGCAGGGCUCAACCUUACGAGAUCUGUUAACUACAACAGCAGGCAAACUGCGUCUGGGUUCUACAGAUGCUGGCAUUGCCUUUGCUCCAGUUUACUCUACAGGAACAGCAAGUGGCAAGAGUGGAAGGACUAUGCCAAACAUUCUUGAUGACAUAAUUGCUUCAGUAGUAGAAAACAAGAUUCCACCAAAUAGAGCACCAAAGAUAAAUAUAAAAUCUGAAAUAAAAGAUGAGCCAAAGGAUGAUAAAAAACAUAUUCAGGAUGACUGCGGUAAACAGUACAGUGAUAUCCAGUAUUCGUGGAUCUGUGAUAAGCAUGUUCUGUGGCUCAGAGAUCAUAAAAACAGCAACAACUGGAAGCUCUUCAAAGAAUGCUGGAAACAAGGAAGGCCUGUUUUGGUAUCCGGUAUGCAUAAGAAAAUGAAUUUCAGCCUGUGGAAAGCGGAGUCAAUCAGUCUGGAUUUUGGAAACCAGCAAGCUGAUAUCUUGAAUUGCAAGGACAGUAUAAUUUCAAACACCAAUGUCAAGGAGUUCUGGGAUGGUUUUGAAGAUGUUUCAAAACGUCAGAAAGUAAAAAAUGGAGAAACAGCUCUACUAAAACUGAAAGACUGGCCUUCUGGUGAAGAUUUCAAGGCCAUGAUGCCAGCAAGAUAUGAGGACUUAUUAAAAAGUUUACCCUUGCCUGAAUAUUGUAGUCCAGAAGGAAAACUAAACUUGGCUUCUCAUCUGCCAGGAUUUUUUGUCCGUCCAGAUUUGGGACCCAGACUAUGCAGUGCAUAUGGUGUGGCUGCUACUAAAGACCAUGACAUAGGAACCACAAAUCUCCAUAUUGAAGUUUCUGAUGUUGUUAACAUCCUUGUUUAUGUUGGCAUAGCCAGAGGAAAUGGAGUACUUUCCAAAUCAGGGGUUUUGAAGAAGUUGGAAGAAGAGGAUUUGGAUGACCUUUUAAGGAAGCGGUUGAAAGAUUCAAGUGAACUACCUGGUGCUUUAUGGCACAUUUAUGCUGGCAAAGAUGCUGACAAGAUCCGAGAGUUUCUGCAAAAGAUAGCAAAGGAGCAAGGCUUAGAAGUUUUACCGGAGCAUGAUCCAAUCCGUGAUCAGAGUUGGUAUGUGAACAAGAAACUUCGCCAAAGACUUUUUGAAGAAUAUGGAGUAAAAACCUGCACAGUUAUUCAGUUCCUUGGUGAUGCUAUUAUUCUACCAGCAGGAGCACUUCAUCAGGUGCAAAAUUUUCACAGCUGCGUUCAAGUAACGGAAGACUUUGUGUCUCCAGAACAUCUUGUACAGUCCUUUCAUUUAACGCAGGAGCUGAGGCUGUCAAAGGAAGAAAUCAAUUACGAUGAUAAAUUGCAGGUUAAAAAUAUCUUGUAUCAUGCAGUUAAAGAAAUGGUGAGAGCUUUGAAGAUUCACGAAGAUGAAAUGGAAGAUAUGGAUGAGAACUGAGCACACUCUGCUUUUUGGAGGCAGCAUCACCUCAGAGGUUAUUUCACCUGAUCUAUGAACAAGUAUACACAAUAAUUUAAGCUUCACAAACCAUCAGUGCCAAGAAAACACAGUCAUUGUGUUUUCUUGUUAGUGACACUGCGACAGUAGAGCUUGAUAUCACAGCCACUGUGAUUCCAUGUUCCACUUGCAAACAGUUGACCAGCAUUCUGCUGUCUGUAUUAUAAUGUACAUGAAGUUUAUGAAAUGUCAAAGAUUUAAGAUUAUGUAUUUAUUUUUGGAAAAAACGAAAAAAUUCUAUGCUAUAUUGUUGAUCAAAUGUAAAUGUGACUUGUACAGUUUGCUAAAAUAAUUCAGACCUUUUUCACUACAUUGAGACAGUUACUGUGACAGUAGGACACAAACACCAGCUAUUGCCUGCAUUUGGGAUCUUGCUGAGUCUGCACAGCAGUCAUGUCAUAAUCUGAAAAUUACUGCCAAAUAAUUGUAAACUUUGUAAAAUAUAAAGUAUAUAAAGUAGAUAUUAAAUACAAACACUUCAGUAUUUUAUUGAAGCUAUUCAGUGUACAAUUAAACGUUUUCAAAAGGUGUAAUUUAUUUAAAAAUUGUCUCAUUUUGGUAAAAUUUAUGUGAACUUUUAAAGCUUAAAUAUUAAACUUAAUAUGCUAUGUAAAUAUAUACAUAUAUACAUUCAAUGAUGUAUUUUUUUAAAACAUUGGCUUGCUUUAAUUUGUUAAAAGUGCAAGUGUUACACAUGCUUUGUACAUUGAAGUUGAAAAGGAUUUUACAUUUUCCAUUAAAAUGACUUUGUCAGACGUGGUGUUGCGUUUGUUGUUUGUGCCGCUGGUGCUGACAGGGCAGCGAAGUGCUGCCCUCUGCAGGCCGCAGCCGGGACUGCGGGCACGGCGCUGGCAGCAGCCUCUGCCACUCAUCCCUUCCCUUUAGGAAUCAGGACUUGCAUUGCGGGAACGGGAAAGGCGUUUCUAUAGAAUGAUUAUUUCUUAACAACUUUCCUUUAAUAGUUGAAGUAAUACUACAAAAUAGCUGAUGUUACAAAAAAUACGUGUUUGUUUUUUUCAAUAAUGAUAAAUGUUAGCAGUUGAGCAAAAUUCAAGGUUUUGGAGUGAGUUUUAAUGCUUCAGAAGAAGUGUGCUUUAAGUUACUAAAACUAUUCAAAUACUUAGAUUAUUAAAUGUUAGGCAGAGCCUGUGGCCAACUCAUGAGGUGUCCAAAAGGGGAUAGUAAUUAGCCUGGUUACAGUAAUGAGCCUGGUUACUGCUCCCAGUAUGACACAUCUGACUGGAUUUGGGGUCACCAAAAACCCCAAACCACAUGUAAAUUACCUUUCAAUAUAAUGAAGCACAAAAACAAUUUCUCAUUCCAAAAGUCAAAAUAUUUAAGUGGCUUGAAAACUUAAAAUUUGUCAAGUUGCAGAGAUAUACCAGAGAGUUAAUGGUGCUGUACUUACCAAUUGCUUCUUAGCUUCCUACCCUGUUCCAUCCAUUAUUAUCUUUAUUAUUCCCUGUAGCAUUAGAGCAUUGGCUGAAAGUGCAGGAUCUGCCAGUGUACAUUUGCUUACUGAGAAGUGGAUUCUAGUUCUACAUACUUUUAUUCUUUAGGUUCAGGAUUUAAGUAUUUCCUUCUUCAGUUGAGUUUUUGCAAGGUAGUUGUAAUGGAUGUGAAAUAUCUGGAGGCUGCUGAAAUUAUUAUUCCUGCUGCACAGACUCCCAUUUCCCCUUGGUUCUUUUCCUGCAGCCAAGAGCAGUUGAUGGGCCUACGCCAUGGCUGCUACUACUGCUCACCCCUGUGCUGGUGUGUCUUGGCAGCUGAAUGGGAGGGCAGGGGUUGUCCCCAAAGUGUCAUGUUGCCAUGUCUGCCCUGGCCAAAGUCAUGGGCUUUUCUCCUCUACCUCUUCUCUACUGCAUCCCGGUGGAUAUUGGACAGCAGCUGUACAGCUGACAGCCCCUCUACCUCGAGGUCUGAGCUUUGGUACCAGCCUUUUGUCCCUACUGACAGAUGCCCCUGCCACUGCAGAGUGCUUAAAAGACCUGGGCAGGGAUCCCUGGCACCUGCCUAUCAGGCAAAAGAUGUUCUUCCCUCCUUACAGGGAACUGGGAGAGUGACUGAAAAGUGCCAGAAGUUGUUAAAUACUCCAAAUACUACUAAAAGAAACAAUUUUUUUGAAGUAAGUACUUGGUGUAGCACAUUCUGCUUACUCAGUAGCUUAAGGUUUCUGGCUCUGUCACAAUGAAGCCAAGCCCCCUGCUCCCCUGCAGGAAAUGAGAGCAGGAAGUGGGGUUGGUGUUGUGCUUGUGGCUGUGAGCAUGACCUGAGGUAUCCAUAGCUAAUGUCUGACACCAGAGAGGGGUUUGUUGGAAGGUGUUUUGUUUUCGGGUUAUUUUUUCCCUCUUGACCUUGAGGUGUUACUGGGCAUGUUUUUCCCGUCUUUGCUAAAGACUCUUGGGGGGUUUUCUGCUCUACAAUCUCAACUAUUUUAAUACAGCCAAAAGUAUUCAGUGAGAUCAGCUGAAGAAGCUGUUUGUGUGCAGGAAUGCUGUCAGCUGCUAGAACAUGGAUAUGAAAUACUGUGUGUCAUCUUUUGUCAUGUUCCUGCUUAGCACAAGCUCUGUCUUUGCUUUGUUCUCCUUGAAACUCCUCCUCCUUUUCCUUUCCUGUCCUUCAAAAGAUCACUCCUCAAGUCAUCAAAACUGUGAACUGUGCUCCCCACAACCCCUCCUUCCCCCCUUUCCAGCUCCUUAUUAUCAUCUCCAUCCAGCCUCAGCACUGCUGUACAGUAAAUGCCACAGUAAAUGGCCACAGCAGUUUCUUUCCUGUUGUAACUGCAGAGGUACCUAAUGAAGAAUAUGUUUUUAGCAAAGAACGAAGCAGGACUGUGAUGGCCUCAAGUAUUUCAGUAGAUGGCUGCUGUGUUUAUGGUUUAGCAGAAACAGAAGUUGCUGGAAUUGCUGCAGGGAAAUGGUGGUCUCUGUUAUGGAGGUCAGAUGUAGGAGUAUAGAACAGUCUGAUUUGCAAAUCUAUUUAUUCUACUCCCCCAGCUUCAUUCAACUUGCUCAAAUCUGUGUGUAGGCCAGUGCCCAUCUGAUCAGCACUACAUUCUCAUGCUCUCUGACCUUUUUGGUAGGUGGUAAUUUUGUUUGUACUCUUUCCUGUGACAUCCUGUCAAGCCCUCUCCAGCUCUCACAGCUGACACACUUUCCUGCUGUAUGCCUGUAACUGGGAAUUUCCCUUCCUUCCUCCUUCCACAGCUGCCAUUGCCUGUUCUGCUGCUUUCCAGAGCGGGAUGUUAUUGCUCUCCCCCACAUCUGUGCUGGAUGAGCUGCCUCACACUGUUGAGAUUCCUGGAGUGAGGCUUGCUGUGCUUUCCCCUCCUAACCCCCAGCUUUGCCUCAAACAGUGUCAGCUCUGCAUUUUGCUCCUGCAUUCUACACUUUGACCUGUGCUUUUUUUGGCUAGAGAGCUGUGUCUUCUUCCUGCUGUGGUGUUGCCAUGGUCCGUGUGCCCCAGCUGGCAGCAGAGCACACAGUGGCGUGGUGGGGGUCCUCAGAUGCAGUGGCCACCACCAUGUUCUUUUUUUCCCAUCUCAGUGGAGUGGCCCAGGAAAAGGCCCAAGGAACAAAUGCCCUCUGCCAGCAGCACACACAACCAAACCUCUGUACUUUUUUCAUUUGUUUUCAUCAGUUUUGAAAAGGAAGUCACCAUCUAUGAAUAGCUGGUAGGCAAAUCUUGCCUCGUAGCUAACUGAAGAUGUGAUUCACCUGUUUGUGUGCAAACAGUUGCAUUUUAAACAUGGGUCUUUCAAAACGCAGGUGGGAGACUCAGGGAUUUUUGCUGUUAUGUUUCAAAGUGAACAUUUCUGGUACCUUCCAACCAUACCAGGGCUAUAUAUUCUUGUCCCAGGUGCCUGUUUCUUUUUCCAGUCCUGGGUCUGUGCUGCCUUAGCGAAAAUAGAGAGUAGGGUUUACUAGCUCUGAGGCAGGAAAUCCUGUAUUUGCACAGCUCUAAGGAUUUUAUAUUGUUUGAUCUCAGUAAUACCUUAAGUCCUGCAGCAAAUGGGCCUGCGGGAACACUUCAAAUGAUCAGAAGACAAAAGCCCUGAGCAAGUUGAAGUUACUUCUGGUAAAACAAACGAGAGAGAAAGGAGGUGGAGGUGGCCUCUUGAUUCUUUAGGGAACAGUGAACUUUUUAUACAGUUGAACUCCACAGUCCUCAUGCUCGGGCAGGAAGGUGUGGCAAAUAAUGUCCAGCCUGUACCUGGCUUGUGGCAGCCGCUGCUCUGAUUGCUUUGGAACAGUUUGGUUUUGUUUUCUCCUCUCCUUUUAGCCCAGCUCUUUGUCUGCUUCGCUCUCUGUGAAACUCCUCUUUCCUUCUCCUUUCCUGUCCUUUGAAAGAUCACACCUCAAGAGUCAUGAUGUUAGCCGUUGUGGCUGUAUUUGCUUGUCUCCAUGUACAGAGCUGGGUUGGAAGGGCUCUCAAAAGAUCCAACCUUUUGUGGGAAAGGGAGUCUAGAUGAGGUGUAGUUCCUGUCACUGAAAGCAGGUCACCAGAACUGAAGAUGGCUGAAGAGCUGCU